GACCUCACAUCCAAUCAGCAAGUGACUCCAGACCUUUGUUCCUGGUUACUGGUUUUUUCAAACCGACAGUUACUUUAGGAAAAGCAACCAAGCUGGUUACCAAAUAUCCAUCAACUUAAAUUUUAUCUAUCAACUUUAUUAAUUUGUUUAAAAUAACAGUUUAUUGUAAAUUUAUCUCCAGGAUUAAGUUUUAAUUUUUACAUUAAUAAUCAACUUCAAAUUAAUGUAACAUUUUAAGCUGUGUCUAUAAUUUAUUUUAUAAAAACGGUUUGUUAUCUAUCUUUAUUGGGAUUAAUCAAUUGAUCUUCACAAUUCUGGAUCCGAAUGGUGGAGAUGAUUAUACAAGAGCCGGUACAGGCAACUAUCUGGUUCAUACUGAAUCACUAUUCUUACAAGGAUGCAAUAUUCUUAGCUGAGAGGCUGAAUGCUGAAGUUGCUUCCGAGGAAUCUCUUUACCUUUUAGCGACUUGUUAUUAUCGUGCAAACAAACAAGUUGCUGCCUAUUCAAUACUUUCUAACAAGAGCUUCAAAUCAUCUGAAUGUCGUUUAUUAUUGGCUCGAUGUUGCUGUGAUCUUAAAAAAUAUGGUGAAGCUGAGGAGGCAUUAUUGGGUAAAUUCAACUGCCUGGACAAAAGUGGGUGUUGUAAAAGCGGCCUCUCAUCCGAAGAUUUUGUUCAAGAAUUCGGUAAAAGUGCUGCAUUUGCAGCUCAAAUGUUGGCUUUUAUUUGUAGUAAAACUGAACGAUAUGAGAAAGCAGUGGACUAUUAUCUAAAAAGUUUAAAGUUCAAUCCUUUUCUGUGGUCAUCUUUUGAAAGUUUGGUUCAAUUGGGUGCUAAACCAGAUUCAGCCAAGAUAUUCAAUAUAAAUAAUAUAGACUUCUCUCUGUGUCAUGGGAAUAACCCCCUGGUUACUUUAUGGAAUAGCAAUGUAAAAGGGAAUAUUGACAACACUAGUCAAGGAAUUGGAGGAAUUGGUAGCCAGGUGACGGUUCCUACAAUUAAAGAGCUCAAUCAACCCGUUGAAAUCCAUUCACCAUUUGCUCUAAUAAAGCCAACAAAUGACAAUGGAAUAAUUGAUGUUAUCACACCAGAGUGUAAUUCAUGGGUAACAACCUGCCUCGCUCCACAGAAAGCUCAGCCACUGGCUAAAAUUACUAGACGGAGUGCAAAUGUGUCCUCUGAUAAAGUUUCACCAACCUCUGUGAAAAGAACAGAGACUCCAAGUGGCACAGCAUCUAGAUUGAGUUUUGGAGUAUUCCCAAUUAUAGAUACCCCACCCAUUCAUCUUUGUACUCUUGGACCAAAUGAGAAUAUUGACACUUCGGAAAUCCGUAAUUCAAACAUGCAAAGUGAGAGAAUAACCCGAGCUCCUGCCAAGAAACCUCAGACCCGUCGAAGUCACGCAAUUCAAGGAGUAACCACCCGUAACAAUGUUAAUAGACCCGUAAUAUUUAGCCAAUCAGUAAAUAUAAAUACUCAAUCAGGUGAACUAGGAUUUCAAGCUCCUUCAACGGUAACCAAUCAAUCAUCUCUUGGAUCAACAGGGCUCGGACUAAGACGAUCGUCAAGAAUAUUCAAUAGUUCAUCCUCUGUGAAAGAAAAUAGUAAAUCAACGCCUAGAAGUAUCAAUCAAGAGAAUAACAAGAGAGCAUCUAGUUCCAAGACUCCUACUAAAAAGACAAGAAGGCAAACUAAUUCAACAAACAAUAUAACUAGCUCAUCGUCAACUUUACAGCAGAAAGAAAUGGAACUCAACGAGUUGAACAAAUCUGAGCCCAUCAAGUCAAGUCAACAGUCGGGUUUUAUUACUGAGGAAGUAAAACAAGCUGGUUUAAAGAUGCAACGGGCUUCUGCUGAAGGUUUACUUAAUCUUUUGGCUGACCUCGCUAAUGCAUCUCUUUGCCUAGGACAAUUCCAUUGUACUAAAGCCAUUAAAAUAUUAAUUAAUCUGCCUCAAAAACAGUUCAACACGGGUUGGGUAUUAAGCGCUAUUGGUCGAGCGUACUUUGAAAUGUCUAAGUAUGAAGAAGCGGUCAAAUAUUUUGAAGAAGCUCACAAAGUAGAGCCACAUAGACUCCAGGGUACAGAGUAUUAUAGCACAGCUCUUUGGCAUCUACAAAGAGAGAUAAAAUUAUCAAUGUUAGCUCAAGAACUUAUUGAGUUUGACAAAACUGCUCCACAGACAUGGUGUGUUGCUGGUAACUGUUUUGGCCUCCAGAAAGAACAUGAAACAGCUAUCAAAUUCUUACAACGAGCUAUCCAAGUUGAUCCUGACUUUGCUUAUGCUUAUACAUUGCUGGGACAUGAACUUGUCCUUACUGAAGAGAUGGAUCACGCCAUGGCUUGCUUCCGAAAUGCUAUUAGAAUCGAUGCAAGACACUAUAAUGCAUGGUACGGCAUUGGAAUGAUUUAUUAUAAACAAGAAAAAUAUCAAUUGGCGGAGCUACAUUACCGUAAAGCUCUUUCUAUAUCAUCAUGUUCACCAGUUCUUUUGUGUCACAUCGGAGUAGUUCAACAUGCACUAAAAAAGACUGAAAGUGCUUUGACAACUUUAAAUAAAGCCAUCGAAAUGGAUCCCAAAAAUGCACUGUGUAAAUUUCAUAGAGCAUCCAUUUAUUUUUCAAUGGAAAAACAUCAAUUGGCGUUGCAUGAAUUAGAAGAAUUGAAGCAAAUUGUGCCAAAGGAAUCAUUGGUGUAUUUUUUAAUCGGAAAGGUUCACAAACGUUUGGGUAAUACGCAUUUAGCGUUAAUGAACUUCUCUUGGGCGAUGGAUCUGGAUCCCAAGGGAGCCAACAAUCAAAUUAAAGAGGUCAUCGACAAACAAUAUGCCAAUGAUGAUGACGAGGUUGUUGUCUGUCUAGAUUCAGGAGAUGAAACUUACAAUUCAAAUUUAGUCAAUGAGAGCUCCGAAAGUUCCUUAAGGCCCCGAUCUCAGCAUCAUCGUGAAUCUAAUUCAUCCUCUAUGGAAGACGAAGAUGAAGACGAAGAUGAUGGAGACGAUGAUGGAGAUGAUGAUGAUCCUAACAAUGAUGCCGAACUGAUGGAAGAAGGUGUUUAAAGAUAGCUUAGCUUUAACUCAAUUAUCUUUAUUUUAUUGCCUUUUCUCUUUUUUGUUGUUCUCAACACCAACAACUGGGAAACAUGAUCAUCUCUUCGCUUCUUUUGUUCAAUUGUGAAGCCGGAGGACGGAACAUCAACCAAACUGUAUACACCUUCAUAUACCAUACUUGAAACAAACAAAUUGAGCAACAAUUAAAAAGAACAUGUGAAAAUGAAAAUCCUCGUAUAAUAAACCAAAUGAAAAUUUUGAGGUGUAACCUAAAUUUUUGCUCUUUUCGUUUAUAUACAUGUAGCUGAAUAAUUUAUAUUUACUUUAUAAAUCUUGAAUUUCAUAUGA